UGCCAGCAGAUAGCAGGGAGAUGGUUCAUCACCGCCCUGGCCUCCGACUCCGAGAGCUUCCUCCAGCGAAAGGAUGAGCUGCAGAUGGCCAUGGCCUCCAUUGCAGUGCUGCCCGGGGGGCACCUGAGGGUCUCCUUCGCAAUCCCUGCCCCGGAGGGAUGUAAGAAGUCGGAGUGGAUCCACAGGCAAAUGGCCAACCCCCUUGUGGGAGAUCUCGGGAGGAGGUCACUAAUGUUUGACUUCCCUCCCCGUGCCUGGGCAGAGAGAAGCCACACGAGGGUGCGGGUGGAGGACACGGACGGCAGGACCUACGCCAUCAUCUUCGCCUCCAGAGUGAAGGACGGGAGGACCCAGCACAUGCUGAGGCUCUACAGCAGAACUCAGGAGGUGAGCCCCGGAGUCAUAGCGCUGUUCAAGAAGCUUGCGAGGGAGAAGAGCUUCACUGAUGAGAUGAUCAAGGUGCUGCCCAGCCAGGAGGAAUGCAGCCUGGACAAAGCCUAG